AGCAGAGCCACCCAGCUCCUCGCAAGCAGUAACCUAACUUGGAAUUCGUAUUUUUUAAAUACAGCGAUUUUGAAUCUUUUCUUCUCGACAGAUGCUGCUGCACCACCCCGUGGAGCUGCUGGGGAUGCUCCUGGCAGGGAUGCUGGUGCCUUUGAAACAGGCUGCAGAAGUGGAGAGAGCCCUGCAGAGAAGAGUGGCCAUGGUGGGUUCCCCAGUGCUGCUUGCGGGGCCGCUUAACAUCACGCUCAUCCACUCCAUACGGUGGGAGCACCUCAAUGGCACUGCUUCCCACACCAUCCUGCAGUAUGAGAGGCACAACCUGACCAUCCACAUGCCAUACAUUGCACGAGCCCAUCUGCAUGCGUCCAAUGGAUCUCUCCUCCUGGAGGACCUCCAGGAAAGCGACAGUGGCAUCUACAGAGUGACUGUCAACCAAGCAGAAAGGGAGAGCUUGUCAUUCUUGCUGGAUGUUCUGAAGCCUGUGUCUCACCCUCAGCUCUGGAGCAGUGGCCUGGUGGCCAAGGCAAGUGGUGAGGUACUAUGUGAGAUAGCAGAGGGCAGGGCAGACGUCUUCACCUGGAAGAAGGAUGGGCAGAUGCUUCCUCCGGACAGAAGUUACCACCUCUCUGGAAGCCUCAGUGUUUUGCCACUGAGGAUGGUAAAGAAAUCGGACUGUGGCUCCUAUUCCUGCAAUGCCAGCAAUGGGAUAAGUUGGCAGGAGACCUCCCUGAACGUCACUGUUGCAGGUCUCUCCCCUCCCUUGCAGGAUGUGCUGAGGAUUUCAGUGGUUGCUCUGGUCUUUGCUGCUGUCUCAGGAUGGGGCAUAAUUUUUCCUGUCUGCCAGUCUGAAAAGCUAAGAAUAAGGGGAGAGCUGUGGAGGUGGCUCAGUGCCUACACCUGUGGGCUGGUGUGCAUCUCCUCCAUCCUGACUGGCACUGCUGGGCUCCUCUGGAUGAGAGAAGAAGGCCCAUCCAUUGCUGUCAUACUGCCACAGAUUUUCCUUUUGUAUGUGAUUGUGAUCACCUUCUUAGUGGCUUUCACAGUGACAUUCCAGCCUACGAAGCUCAUCCGGCUCCAAAGCACAGCAGCACAGCGCACGAUGGGCUAUGCUGCUCCAGGAGGGGUGCUCCUGGUGGUGCUGACGAGCAGCUUCCACAUGAAGAACAUCCACCGGCGCCAUGAAGAAGGCUGCGCGGCGUUCAUGGACGUCACCACCCUUGUGGUCAGCACAGCAGCAGUGUUGGCCCUGCCGAUCCUUGCCAUCUUCCUCUGCUAUCACACAACACAGGGGUGGCUGCAGGAACGUGACUCCAAUUGUGCAGACAUGGAAAGGUCCUUUGAGAUGUCCCUGCCCAUCAGCAAGGAUCCUGAUUUAACCUGCUAGACACUGGGGAUGUUUCCUGUGUGGCUGGCUCAACAUGUUAAUGUUUGAUGUCCAUGUCUCAUAGGUCUGAGCCUAUGAUAUUGGCGAUAUAAAGCAAUGAAAUUAAUCAUUUUUGUCUUUAACACAGCACUAGGGGUUUCUAAUGCACGUUUUUCCAUUUAUUUUCCACUUUAGUACCAGGCUCCGAGUUAGAGAAAUGCCUUUAAAACUAGUUACAAGCGUGACCCUUGCUACUUUAUGGCAUUAAUGAGGCUGUGUAUGUUUCUGAGUGUGUGUAGGUAACCAGCCAUGUCCACCCCAGCCUUUUCCUGCUGCCACACAAGGCCGUGCUUGAUGCUUCCUCUCCACAUGCAGAUGACAUCAGGGUGAUUUGCACGUUUGCUCCCUGUGCUCUUCCUGAAGACCCGUGCAAAUGGCAGCAUCCAUGCCUGUAGAGACCUUCAUGUGCUUUAAAACUAUUUGUUUAAAUGCAAAUCCCUCUGUAGGAGCGCUGUGCCUGUCACUGGCUGUUGACAAUGGCUCCCCUGCUCUCUGCUGGGUUUUUCUGAACAGGAAGGAAAAGAUGAAGUGUUUUGGAGUGUGGUGUGUAGGCCAAGAUAUGUGUUGCUUGCACAGAGGAUUUCCUGCCUCCACAGCAAUGUGGGGAGGACAUUCUCUGCUGGACGAGACUGGAUCUGUUUCAGGGGUGAGGGUUAAGAAUUCACUCCUUUCUGCAGCUUUUAAAAUCCUCUCCUUCAGCUCACUCCAAGCAGCAGUAGUUGAGUGCUCGCAGUUCUGCAUGUGGGAUCCUCGGGGCUGGCCCAAGGGGAAGCAAACACAGAUCAAACCCAUGAUGGGAUUUUGUUGCCCUUUGUAAGGGAAGUAAUCUCCCUGCAACAGCAAACUCUGACUGGUUACAGAUGGCAGUACCUCCUCUGAGGGGCAUAGGCCAUGUUUGUCUAUCUGCCCACCUUCUGUCACGGUUUCCUGUUGCCCUGAUACUGUGGGUACGUGAAAUUAUCUAUUGACUUUUUGUCUUUGCUUAGCAGACUGGUUUCUCUGCAAUGCCAUUAAGCUUAAAAAAAAAAAAAAAAAAAAAAAAAAAAAAAAAGUUAUUUAUUCUAGCAGGCUGAGGUAGGCUGUGGGAUGCAAUGGACUGUUCCUCCCUAGAGGCAGCUCUUUAUAUUUCCCUUUGCUGAGCCCCACGAGGUCCCUCAGCCCACUUAGUUCCACCCUGGAUGCCAGUAUCAUCAUUGGUGCCACCCAUCCCAGUGUGGUGGCACUGCUGAAGAUGCUGAGCCUUGGGACAUACUGCCAGCAGGAUGCAGUGCUGCUACCCAUGACUAAGCUGCUCUGCUGGUUGCCUGCCCAAUGCAACAUUGACAAGAAGAAGGACAGAGAAGGUAGCAGGCAUAGCAGCUUUCAGGAUCUCUAGCAGGGACCUCGAAGAGACCUUUUGCCAGCAUUGAUUUGAAGAAGUAAUAGCACAAAAUAUUCUGUUAAUAUAUCCUUACAAGCAUAGCUGCUGAAUUGUUGUAUAACACAAGUAGUGCUUGCCUGCAACACCACGGUAACCUUUACGUGCUAUGGGUGAUAAUUGUGAUGUAGCACUGAGAAUGGGGAGGCACCUCCUAAGAGUGUUCUGUUUUAACAUGAUAGAAGUUAUAACAACAUAGUCAAACUUGCUAAUGUUUGUUGAUGGAUACCCCUGCCCUGCAAUCUGUUUAGGUAACAGAAAGAGCUGUGUCUCUGAAUCAAGGAGAUAAGGAAGUUCUGCUGAGGCUGGGUACCAAGAAAAUAGGGGGUCCUGCUUGGAAUGAAUCACUGAAUAUGUAAUGUGCUCCUGGGAAAACUUCUGCUUAGACAAUAGAAGUUACGUAUAUAAACAGAAUAUCUUUUGUGUAAGGUAUGCAUGAUAGGAGGAUUGCCCCAUAUUUCCCCAGUGCUGCCCAUGAGAAUAAA